AUGCUCCUCUUUCAAAACUCGUGGGACGUGUCGGCCAUGACGCUGGAGAGCGUACAGUUGCUGCGGGAUUUUGUCAGGGACAACGACAUCCCCUGCGAAUGGCAAGACUGUCUCGGCGUGUUCGCGGUCCCCCAGCCGAUGAUAGGCUUCGGCAUAGCCAGCGUGGCUGACAUGAAAGCCGCCAUGCCCGAGUCGAUGGGAAAGGUGCUCGAUUCGGUAGCCUGGGGCCCUUCCGCCUCUUCUUCUUCCUCUCGCACCCGUGACGAUGGAGAACCAGUGACGGCCGGCGACGGCGGGUGGGAUGUCGACAAGAUCAGGGCCACCCUCGCCGGCCUCGGGGUGCACGACGCCGACGGUGUGGUGCUGCAGGCCAACUCGGCCACGGUCCACCCGUACAGGCUCGUCGCGUGGAUCCUCGAGCGCCUGCUCGAGCGGCACGGGGCCGACGGCUUCGCCCUGCACACCCACACGCCCGUGACGAGGCUGUCGCGGCGCGGCGGUGGUGCUCCCGCCGCCGCCGGCGGAUAUGGCGGGGGGAACUGGACGCUCGCCACGCCGCGCGGCGACGUGUCGGCCGAGAGGGUUCUCCUGGCCACCAACGGGUACACGAGCGCUCUGCUCCCCGAGUUUGAGGAGCUGAUCGUUCCGGUGCGGUGCCAGGCGGCGGCCGCUCCCGCAACCAGCUCUCCGGAGAAGCCGCCGUUGGAUCUGGAGAGCAGGAUGUACACGUUUCUCUGCGGGGACGGCAAGCGCGAGGAGCGCCUGCUGCAGACGGGCGGAGCCGGAGGCCAGCUCAUCGUCGCCGGCGGGAAGCACGUCGCGGCCGACUUUGGGGUCGGGGUCUGGCGCGACGACGUCACGGAGCCCAGGGUCGAGCGGUACCUGGAGGGUAUGUUGGAGGGGUUUCUGGGCGGUGAGGAAAGAAACGGGGGAGACGGGCGCGCGGAGACGUUCGAGGUCAGGCACUGGGCGGGGAUAGAGGGCUACGCUCGAGACUACAACCCCUGGGUCGGCGCGGUGCCCGAGGCGCGAGGCGGUGGACCGGGCCUCUUUCUGUGCGCGGGCUACGCGCUCAACGGCCUCUCCAUGGCGCCCAUGUGCGCCAAGCGCGUCGUGCAGGAGAUGGCGACGACUCCGACUCGGACCACGACCGCCGGCUCCGACCGGGACCACGUCGACGUCGACAGGAACGACGAGCCUCUUGGGGCACGGGAUGCGGCGCGGGAUAAGAUCGACCUCUUCCCCUCCAAGCUCAUGUCGACGGCCGAGCGGAUCGAGAUCGCGAUGGAGGACUGGCCCGACGUGCAGACCAUGGAGGAGGAAGGGGUGGAGACGUACAUCAAGGCGGGCGUGGGGCAGAUGAUCAAGGGCAGGAACCCUGUGCCGACGGAUUCGAAACUCCCCAGCGGCUCGAGGAGGUUUGAGGCGGGUGCGAUGGGGAGGAAGUGGUGA